AUGACGCCUAUCCAAAAUGUCACAAUCCCAAUCUAAUCCACACCCAAUAAUGUAAUGAUUCCUUACUUACCUACUUUAGGGAAUAUAAGCAGCAAAUGGAUUAAUGGAGUAUAUUAUCAAAAAGAAAUCCUUGGCGUGCAAUAUUGGCAAAAACCCAGUUUUCUAACCAUACAAGUAAGAGAUCAGAUGCAAAAACUAAAAACCCAGUUUUCGCACCAUAUAUAAAGCACGCUGCGUCAAAAAGUCAAGAACACUGCACAUGCAGUGAAUUAACUAUGGAGGAUCACAACAACGAAGACGACGCCAUUUCCAGUUACGAAGUUUCGAGGCUCCGAUGGCACGUGUUCUUAAGCUUCAGAGGCGAAGACACACGCUACCCCUUCAUAAACAACCUCUACACCUCGCUCCACAACAAAGGCAUCCGAGCUUUUCGCGACGACGAUGGGUUACGCCGCGGGGACGAGAUCGCGCCGACUCUACUCGACGCGAUCGAGGAGUCCGCAGCUUCCAUCGUCAUCAUCUCCCAAAACUAUGCGGAUUCGAGGUGGUGCCUCGAGGAGCUUUCCAAGAUAUGCGAGUGUAAGAGGCUCAUACUCCCUGUGUUCUACCAAGUUGACCCCUCUGAUGUUCGAAAACAAAGAGGACCCUUCUUCGGAAAACAUUUUAGGGAGCAUGAAGAGAAGGGAAUUGAGAAGGAAAAGGUAAUGAAGUGGAGGAAAGCCAUGGAAACAGCUGGUGGAAAAGCUGGUUUUGUUUUCAAAGACAAAGACAUAGACAGUAAUGAGGAACAAGCAAAGUUGAUUCAACGUUUAGUCAAAAGGGUGUUGGAAGAACUAAAUAGUACUCCACUGAAUGUGGCUCCUUACACAGUUGGACUCGAGUCUCGCAUUGAAGAAUUGAUGAGCUUGUUAGAUGUUAGAUCCAAUGGCGUUCAAGUUUUGGGAUUAUAUGGGGUGGGUGGGGUUGGUAAGACCACACUUGCGAAAGCUCUUCACAAUAAACUUGUUGGUAGCUUUCAGUACCUCGUUUUCAUGAAAAAUAAUAGAGAAAAUUCUGAAGAAGAUGAAGAUUUAGUGUACCUUCAAAACAAACUUAUCAAUCAUAUUUCUCCUGGUAAGCCUCCUGUGUAUGAGGUUAGUUCUGGUAUCUCUGCAAUCAAAGACGAAGUUUAUGAGAAGCGAGUUCUUAUUAUUAUGGAUGAUAUUCACAAUGUAAGACAGCUUGAAGUGCUAAUUGGGGGAAGAGAUUGGUUUUCUGAAGGAAGUAGAAUUAUUAUUACCACAAGAAACAGAGAUGUUUUACCUGAUCAUCUUGUGAAUGGGUUUUAUGAGGUCAGAGAGUUGGCCUUCACUGAGGCACUACAACUUUUUAGCCACCAUGCGCUAAGAAGAGAGAAACCCACAGAAAGAUUUAUGAAUCUAUCCAAGCAAAUGGUCUCUCUUACAGGAGGUCUACCAUUGGCCCUGGAAGUAUUUGGUUCUUUUUUGUUUGAAAGGUGGAGAAUAGAGGAAUGGAAAGAUGCCCUGCAAAAGUUGAAAAGGAUUCGUCCACGCAAUCUUCAGGAUGUGUUGAAGAUAAGCUAUGAUGGGUUAGAUGUACAAGAACAGCGCAUAUUCCUUGACAUUGCAUGUUUAUUCAUUAAAAUGGAAAUUAAGAGAGAGGAUAUACUUGAUGCAUUGAAAGGUUGUGGUUUUAGGGCUGAGAUAGCAGUUACAGUGCUCAGAGCAAGAUCACUCAUUAAGAUUUUUGAGGACAAUUCUUUGUGGAUGCACGAUCAGAUUAGAGACAUGGGAAGACAAAUUGUUCUAGAUGAAAGUCCUGUAGAUCCUGGUAUGCGAAGUAGACUGUGGGAUCGUGAUGAAAUCAUGAGUGUCUUAAAGGGUGAGAAGGGAACAAGAUGUAUAGAAGGAAUUGUCCUAGACUUCGAAGGGAGGCCCAUUGUUCAGGAUCCAAGUGGUGAGAGAAUUUCUAGGGAAAACCUUCAAAGAAGGCCCAAUUUAACCUCUGCAUUAACAUACAUGAAAGAAUGGUGCAAGAAAUUUCUUCAGAAUAAUGCGGAGAAUGAGAGAAAGGUAGUACUUCACACUAAGCCCUUUGAAUCAAUGGUUAAUCUAAGACUUCUUCAAAUCAACCAUGUGAGAUUGGAAGGGAAGUAUAAAUAUCUUCCAGCUGGACUAAAGUGGCUACAAUGGAAAGAAUGUCCUCUGAAAACUCUUCCUUCUGAAUUUUUUCCUCGGGAACUUGCUGUCCUUGAUCUCUCAAGAAGCGGAAUUGAAAAAGUAUGGGGUUCGUGUACUAGCAAGGUGGCUGAGAACUUGAUGGUUAUGAAUCUCAGCCGUUGCUACAAUUUAGCUGCUAUUCCUGAUUUAUCUGGGAACCAUGCCCUGGAAAAGCUUAUUCUUGUGGGUUGCAAGAAACUGACUAAGAUUCAUGAAUCACUUGGGAACAUGAGUACAUUACUUCAUUUGAACUUGAGAGAAUGUUCUAAGCUAAUCAAAUUUCCAACUGAUAUCUCUGGGCUACAAAAUCUUGAAAUCCUUGUUCUCUCUGACUGCUCAAAAUUGAAAGAGUUACCAAUGAACAUAGGAAGCAUGAAAUCUCUUAAAGAACUUCUUGUUGAUAACACUGCUAUAGCAAAGUUACCAGAGUCCAUUUUCCGCCUUACAAAACUUGAAAAGAUUGAUCUAAAUCAUUGCCAACUCUUAAGAAGACUACCCAACUGCAUUGGAAAGUUGUCUUCCCUGAAAGAACUCUCUCUUAAUAAUUCUGCUAUAGAAGAAAUACCUGAUUCGGUUGGAUCUUUGUCAAACCUUGAGAUAUUAAGUUUAAUGUGGUGUGGAUCACUAACUGCCAUUCCUGAUUCUGUUGGCAGUCUCAUAUCGUUGACACAACUUCUACUUAAUGGUAGUGCGAUCAAAGAACUGCCUAUUUCUAUUGGUUCAUUGUCAUAUUUGAAGGAGUUAUCAGUUGGAAACUGUAAGGAUCUAGACAAAUUGCCUGAUUCAAUUGAAGAACUAGCUUCCAUGGUUGAGCUUCAGUUAGAUGGGACACCAAUCACAUAUCUGCCAGAUCAGGUAGGGGCCUUGAAAAUGCUAAGGAAACUUGAGAUGAGGAAUUGUAAAAAACUUAGAUUUUUACCAGAAUCAAUUGGAAGCUUGCUCGCUCUUACUACUUUGAACCUUUUCGGUGCCAAUAUUUCUGAAUUGCCGGAAUCCAUAGGGAUGCUGGAAAAUCUUAUUUUAUUAAGAUUGAAUAAGUGUACACAGCUCUGUAAGCUUCCUUCUUCAAUAGGAAAUUUGAAGUCCUUGCACCAUUUGUGGAUGGAAGAAACUGCUGUAAUAGAAUUACCUGAAAGCUUUGGGAUGCUCUCAAGUUUAAUGAUACUAAAAAUGGCUAAGAAGCCUUAUAUUGAGUUAUCUGGAAACAGCGUGCCUAAUUCUAUUGAAUUUCCUACUUCUUUCUCCAAUCUAUGCUCGCUAGUAGAAUUGAAUGCUCGUGCUUGGAAACUAUGUGGAAAGAUUCCUGAUGAUUUUGAAAAGUUAUCAUCAUUGGAGAGUUUGAAUUUAGGCUACAAUAAUUUUUUCAGCCUUCCGUCCAGCUUGACAGGCCUUUUCAAUCUUAAAGAGCUUUUAUUGCCCUACUGCAAAGAGCUAAAGUCUCUCCCUCCACUUCCCUCAAACUUGGAGGUGGUGAACGUUGCAAACUGUACUGCAUUGGAAAGUGUGUCUGAUCUUUCCAACUUGGAAAGAUUACAGGAGCUAAACCUUGCAAACUGUGAGAAGGUGGUGGAUAUUCCGGGCCUUGAAUGCUUGAAGUCAUUGACAAGAUUACACAUGUGUGGCUGCAAAGCAUGCUCUUCUAUGGUUAAAAGAAGACUGUCUAAGGUUUGUUUGAGGAACAUACGCACUCUUAGCAUGCCUGGAAGCAGAAUUCCAGGUUGGUUUCAAGAGGGGGUUAGAUUUUCAGAACGCAAAAACCUUAAGAUCAAAGGUGUGAUAAUAUGUGUUGUUGUCUCUCUCGACCAUCAAAUACCGGAUGACUUAAGAGAUCAACUCCCUAUAAUAGCAGGUAUAGAUGCAAUUCUUGUCAAAAUGAAUAAACCUUUAUUCUCUACAAUGCUGAAAUUAGAGGGAGUUCCAAAGACGCAUGAAGAUCACCUGUACUUAUGUCGGUUUCCAGAUUGUCAUCCGAUAGUUUCUAAGUUGAAAGAUGGUUAUGAGAUCAAUGUUAUAGAGCGUGACCCACCAAUGAUUAAAGGGCUUAAGUUGAAAAGGUCUGGGAUUUAUUUGGUUUUUGAAGGCGAUGAUGAUUAUGAAGGAGAUGAAGAAUCCUUAGACGAAAGCCAACUAUCUAUUUCAGAAAAGCUAUCAAAGUUUUUCAGCUGUCUGGAAGAGGAAGAUCACACCUCUCAAUCUGAUUGUGUAGUUGAAAGCCAAGUGCAAGCGAUUGAGGAAGAAGAAGAAGAAAGAGAAAUAUCUGAGCCUGUUUGGUGGGACUUUCUGCGGCCUUUGCAAAGGUGUUUUUGCCUAUAAAAAAGAGAAGCUACCUGCAAUCCUUGACUCAUCUGCUACUAGUGCUACAAGGCCAACAUCACCUUUCAGGUAAAAUGCAGCUUGGAUUCAAGCAUUUUGACCUCCAAGCACGCAUGCUUCUGCUUGUGAAUUUCAGGCAAGGGACUGGGUCUCCUCCACACAAUGUAUAAUUCAGGCCAUUUACACAGCAAUGAUUAGAAUGGCAAUGUUAUACACUCUACUUUCCCAGUCAAGAUGGGGUUUGAGAUGAACUAUAACUACCAAAGAAUUUGUGAAAGACUACUGUUGUAUCUAUUUUUGUGUGUGUAAAAUAUAACAAAAACACUAGGUACCCUAUUUGGGACUUUCUCCAAGAACUCAUAUUUUGUUUUGAUUUCCAUUUUUUAUAUCUAUUUUCUGAAUUUGAGAACCAAAAGCACUAGGUACCCUAAUUAGGUCUUGAUUCUUAAAUAUGAAAAAGACCUACAAUUUUCAUUGAUA